AUGGCCAUGGAACUUACGGACUCGGAGAAAGGGCUAGAGGAUAGAUCUGGUGCUCAUUCACAGCACUCAACAGCCGACUUUGCCGAGGGCGGGCUUGUGCUUGUGAGCGAGGGACCAGCUCUAACAAGGACCUUUACUCUAUUAAGCGCCUGUGCGAUUGGCAUUACUACCGGUAACUCGUGGGCUGUUAUGGGCGCAGGUAUUAGAGGACAGAUUACGUCGCUUCGCAGCGGUGAAGCGGCUGGGGCGAUAUAUGAGUAUGUAGUCGUCUCUAUCUUCUAUGGCUUCACUCUGGCGUCAAUCGCAGAACUCGCAUCGUCAAUCCCAUCAUCAGGAGUCUACCAUUGGACGUUGGUGACGGCGGGCACCAAGUACGGCAAAACUUGUGGUUGA